UUAUUAAUUUUGAAGACUAACUAUUAUGAAUGUAUUAACUUAAAAGAUUAUAAUGAAUGAUAAUACAAGUUUUGACUAUGAUAAUAUAAUUGAUGAAAUAUUGAUGACUGAAAAGCAUACUGCCAAAAAAUAUUAUAUUGAAGGAAUUGAGAAGUCUUCUGAAAAUGCAUACAACGAUGGUUUUACAAUAGGUUAUCAAAAAGGUUAUGAUAUUGGAUUAGAAAUUGGUUUUUAUGCUGGGAUUUUAGUUGGUAUCAAAAAAUUACAUAAGUCAAAAAUAAUUAUACUUACUGAAAAAGAACUUAAUAUUUUACAAAAACUUUCAAACUUUAUAGAAAUAUUUCCUCAAAUAAAUGAUAAAAAUAUCAUUGAUCAAUAUAAUGAACUAAAAGGGUUAUACAAAAAAUUUUGUUUUAAUUUAAAAAUUAAAAAUUUAGAUAAAAGAAUUCUCAAUUUUUCAAAAUGGAGCAAUUAAGAUCUAAAUUAGAAGAAGUUAUUAUU